UUGUGGAACCAGUGAACCCUGAUAGACAAAUGAAGAAGAUUUUGAAAAAGAUAGAGAAGAAAUCAAAUGACUCAAAAUGUAGUUAUCCAGAGAACUAUACCACAUUAUGUGAAUUCAUUGCUGGAUUCAAAAGUCUUGGUGCUCGAACUGACAACUUUUUUACUGAAAGAAAUCAGCAAGAUUCAGAAAACCCACCAAUUAAGGAGCGUAAAAUCGUAUCUGAAACUGCUGGGGAUGGAUUUUUUCCACCAAAUUAUGAAACCAGUCAACAAUUUCUGAGGUCUGCGUAUGUACAUACUCUUGGGCUCACAGGAGUAGGAUUAAUGGAAAUAAGAAAUAUGAAAAGGAGACACGAAUGGAGUGGUCAACUAUUGAAGGCACUGUUGAAAAGACCUUAUGAAGCAUUCACAGGAGAGGGGGGUGUUCCAGAUAUUCCAGUUGAUGAAGAAAUGUAUAAUGUUUUUAACCAACUUAAACCAGGUAUGACAGGUGAAUCAAGCAAAUUGCCAUGGCUGAACGAAGAAGGAGAAGAAGAAGAAAAAGAAGAAGAAGAUGAAGAAGAAGAAGAAGAAGAAGAAACGGAAAAAGAAGAAGUAGUAAAAGAAAAGGAAGAAGAAGAGGACAAGCAAAAACAAUCUUCAAGGGCAAGUGACAGUAUUGACAAAACGGAGACAGCAUUCCUGGUUGCGGCAAGAAAUGGCAUAAUUGAAAUGGUGAAUGAACUUUUAGAGCGAAUUCCAAGUGUGAUCCAUAACUUGAAUGCAAACAAAGAGAAUGUGCUGCUGAUGGCAGUGAUGAACAGGCAACCCUAUGUUAUUGAGAAUUUGAAAAUGAAAGUAAAAGGAGAAGUUUGGAAUAAUUUAACUCUGGUAAUAGAUAAAAAUGAGAGGACCAUAUUGCACUGGGCAGCAGAUGCUCCAGGAGGCGACAAGCAUACAAAGAUAGCUGGUUCUGCCUUGCAAAUGAUGUGGGAUAUAAAGUGGUUUCAGUAUAUUAAAAGCCUCGUGCCAGAACACUUUUACUUAAGUAGCGACACAGAGGGCAAAACUGCAGGGCAAAUAUUUGAGGAUGAACACAAAGAUCUCAUAGAGAAAAGUAGCGAUUGGCUGAAGGAAACAUCUGAAUCUUGCUCUGUUGUGGCUGCACUUGUUGCUGGUGUUUCCUUUGCUACGGCCAGCUCCAUUCCCGGUGGCACCGACGAUGAAGGUAGGCCUCAUUUAGAAGGCGAACCUGCAUUCGAUGUAUUUGCCGUUUCUUCACUUGUUGGACUUUGCACCUCUGUCACUGGGCUCAUAAUGUUCCUUACAAUCCUCACUUCUCGAAAGCAAUCCAAAGAUUUUCGAAGAAAUUUGCCAUUCAAACUUCUUCUAGGCCUCAGUUCUCUUUUUGUAUCCAUUGCUGCAAUGUUUGUCUCUUUCUGCUCCGGUCAUUACUUUCUGCUCAGUCACAGAUACAAGUCGGUUCUAUACCCCAUUUAUGCAGCCACUGUUUUUCCAGUCAUGUUCUAUGCCGUGGCGCAGUUUCCACUAUACUUUGAUCUUAUAAUAGCCAUUUUAUCUAAGGUGCCAUGGGAUGCUGGUAGAGGAGACAACCUAUAGCCCCUAAGCUACUACAUGUCAUUGUUUGUUCUGUACUGAUUUAUCAUUCAUGCAGCCAUUCAAAUCAAUUUCCCUUUUUCAGUCAAGUUUUGUGUUGUCUGUGAUUUUGAGCUUGUUUUCUUGGUGUGAAUAAUCAUGUAUUUUUUUGAGCUAUGAAAAAUAGCAUUUGAAUUGUAGCAAUGUUGUGUUGGUUGCUUGUAAAGUUACGAUUCAAGAGAUUUAAUUUAGGUUUAUAAUAUUCUCUUAA